AUGAGGUGGCUCAAGUCGUUUGUUGGGCUGAGGAAGGUGGAGAGGCAGCAGCAUCAGCAGCGCCGCAAGGAGGAUGGCGACGCCGGCCGAACAAAAAGGGAUGCCGUCGAUCAGUUCCACUUCCAGGAUCAGCACUCCCAGGAUCACGCUAGCCUUGUCGGACCAGAAGAGUUCCCUGAUGGAAAUGUUCCGUCAGAAGACGAUUGCAGCACACCUUCAUGCUCAGGACCUGGUUUCAGUACACUUAGCGUGCCACUGCCUCAAACAGAAGAGGAGCUCAAAGAGAUCUGGGCUGCCACAAUUAUUCAGACUGCGUAUAGAGCCCUACUGGUUUAUGUUCAUCGACAUCAGUACUACUCCCUCCGUCCGGCUAGGAGAGCCCGCCGAGCUUUAAAAGGACUGGUUAGGCUUCAAGCCCUUGUAAGGGGUCAUAUAGUGAGAAAGCAAGCUGCUAUAACACUUCGGUGUAUGCAAGCUUUGGUCAGGGUACAAGCCCGUGUUAGAGCAAGGCGAGUUCGUGUUUCCUUGGAAAAUCAGAUGGACGAGCAACAAAAUAAUGUAGAAGAACAAACCGGCGAGGCACAUGUUCGAGAAGUUGAGGAUGGGUGGUGCGAUAGUAUAGGGUCUGUGGAAGACAUCCAAGCAAAAUUGUUGAAGAGGCAGGAAGCAGCAGCCAAGCGUGAGAGAGCCAUGGCCUAUGCCCUUUCUCACCAGUGGCAAGCAGGUUCAAGGCAACAGGCAGCCAUUACAGCUUCUGAACUAGACAGGAACAGCUGGAGCUGGAAUUGGCUGGAGAGAUGGAUGGCUGUCCGCCCGUGGGAGAGUCGGUUCCUGGGCAUGUACGCAGCAGAUGGAAUUGCCAUCGAUACCGGAGCGCAGCACGCUGAGGGAAAUGCAACCAAGGCCCCAUACAGGAAACCUGUGAAAAAGCAGGUUUCAGCUCUUCAUUCAAAUGUGUUGAUCCAGAAGGCCCGGCCCUCGAACUCAGAGGGUGGUGGCUCCUCGUCGAACCCGUCUGCCGGUUCGGCGUCAGCUAAACCGAAACGGAAGCUGCCACCGAAAGAAGGUUCUGAUGAAGUCUCGUCUCGUCUUUCGGGACUUGGUGUCCGGAGCAGUAGUAAUCCUAAGGAGAGGCCUGGACAGUUACAACCACGGGCCAACAAGAGGUUCUCCUUGCCUGGCACUGGCACAGAAACUGGCAAACGGCAAGUGAAUAAACCUGCGACAUCCGCUGGUGGGUACAUGGUGGCAUUUGCCGGGAGGAAAUUCGCGGCAAGGUCGCCGCCCGUGUUCGUCGGCAACAGCUCGUACACAGUCACCGGCUUCACCCUGGUGUUCGAGUUCCACAAGGGCACGCUCCAGAACCUCUUCUGGAAGUCCGACGGCUGCUCGUCGUGCUCCGGGCAGGCCAACUUCGGGUGCGUCGAGAACAGUUGCGCGAUCAAGACGUCGAGCUGCAGGGGCAACGGCGGCGGCGGGCAGGUGGACUGCAGCCCCGGGAUCCAGCUGGCCUUCUCCGGCACGGACAAGCACGAGGCGGUGCUCAACUCGUGGUACGAGGUGUCCAAGCUGAAGCAGUACUCCCUCUUCGGCCUCUUCUCCGGCCUCAAGGACUCCCUGGCCGGCCAGUUCAGCAACUUCUUCUAG